AUGGCGGCAACAGAAGUAAAUGUUCUCAAUGACUCCAAUACUACCGUACCUGCAGCUCCAUCUGACCCUGUCGGCGUUCUCGCCGACUCGCUUGCAAAGGCUAAUGUCCAGCCUGAAGACAAGUUGCACGAAAAACCGGGUCAGCCACCUCGCGAACUUCAUAUUUAUGCCUACUCCCAACUUCUACGGAUAUCGAGGUCCCCCCUGGUGAAACCACCAGAGGGGAUGCCAGCGUUGAAAGAGUGGUUUGGGUGCGCGCUCAUCUGUCUGAGACACAAGACUCGUAUUGACCCAGACCAAAGUGAUUGGAGCGAGCAGCAAAUAGCGAGCAAGAAAGAGGGCGAUCCAUCGAGCAAUGGAACAAGUGCAAGAGAUCGACGAUUUCGCCGCGACCCAGAAGAAGGAGAUGCACCUACACGACCGUCCUUCCGAUCCAGUUUGUCUCAGCCCUCGCAAAUGGGCAACUUUAGGCAUCAAUCCCUCCGCACCGCUGAUCGUGAAAGAGAGCGUGACCCAGAGCGAGAACGGCAGCGCGACGAACGGGAUAGGGAAGGCCAGGAGAGGCUUCGUAACCUUUCGGAUAAGUACGAUCGGGAACGUUUAGCUCUAUCGUCUGCCACAAGUACAUUGCGGGGAAAGGAACGUGAAUCUGCGCCACAUUUGGCCGGUGCUGCCCGAAAUGGCCAAGGUCAGGCCACCUCUGUCCGACGAGCAGAGGGGAGGGAGACCGCCAAGAAGAAGGCCGGCGAAGCCAGCGACGAUUGGCGCAGAGGUGCCGAACCUCCUUCCAGGGGAGGGCGCGAUGACCGCUCUGAUACCAACCGUCGUGACCGCGACAGAAAAGACACUUCACGAACGCGGAGAGAUCCCUCCGGCACUCGCAGAGAUCGAGACAACAAAGAAAGAGAUAGAUCUCGUCGUGGGGAUGAGCGUGACGAUCGCCGCGACCGAGAUGACUACUUUCGUCGGGACUGGGAUGACCGAGACGAUGGAUAUAGAGAUCGAGAUCGAUAUGACUACAAUCGCCGGGACGUGGACCGUGACCGCGAUCUCGAUGAGGACCCGAGGCGUUGGAGGGACGACGGGAAGCGUGAUGAAAGAGUGGCUGUGCGUCGGGAGAGAGAGCGCGAACGGGACCGAGGGUGGGAUCGUUGGGAACCAUCACACGACCGGGAACGUCUGGACGAUCGUGACGGCCGCGCCAAGCGAUCCGGGCGCGACAGGCGUAGUGGCGCGGGUCUGGAUGAUGCAAAGGACAAAGAGGAGAAGAAAGAGCGGGAGAAGGAGAAGGAGCCAGCGUGGAUGGAAACCUACAUUCCGACGACACCCGGGGGUGGAAUUUUGGGAGGCCAAUCGACAGACGGCGAGCUUGAUGGUAUCCAGGCGUGGAAAAGGGGUCUGAAGGAGAAGGAGAGGAAAGAGAAGGAGGCCGAGCUGGCUGACGAGUCUACGAGCAAUCCAGCAGCGCCGGUUUCCGACGCACCACCCACUGAGAUUGCUACUGGUGCCACCGCGGAAGGAUCGCUUGACGAGAUCCAGAUUUUCAAAAUGCUCAUGAAGAAGGAGGCCGCUAAGAAAGACACUGAGCAAAGUCAGGAAAGCCCCGUGUCUCCGUCUAGCGCAAUAUCCACCACUGUCGGACGCACGUCCCCCGCCAAGCUGAAAGAUCCCGCGCUUGCUGCUAUCUCUACAUCUACCGGCUCUCCUGCUCUCAUGACGGAGUCGAAUUCUAUGGCUAUGGCUUCUUCCGGUACAUCACCCACUGUUGCACGCGAUGGUGUAAAGCUCCUCUCUUUACUCUCCCAAGCUCCCGGAGAUGGUCCUACAGCGCCGACAUCGAAGUUCUCGACUCCAAAUAUAUCCACACCUGAUACCUUUCCAUCGGCUGUUUCACGCAUGUUCCCUACCCCCCCUGGUCUCUCACCUUCGGUGUCCCAAAACUCUGAACGUCCCACUAUUGACCUUUCUAUUCCCUCGUACCCGACUACACCUUUCGAACCACCUUCUGCCUCACGUCUGUUAGCUUUCGGAUCACGAGCUGUCCCUGGCGUUCCUCAGCUCCCGCCGUCGAAGACUCUACCAGCUGAUCCUAACAGUCUACCCUUCGGUAGCAACCAUCCAUCCGCUAUGGGCAACCCUGGUCAAAGACCGCUUGGAGUCAAUGCAUUGGGCAGCAUGUCCGGCAGUGCAGGGGUGCAGCAAGGUUCUGACCUCAUGUUCAAUAUGGAUUCGGAAUCGCACAUGAUUCCAAACCGUAGAGCAACUCCUUCUGAGCGGUCUACAAGGAGUUUUUCACCAUUCGGACAAAGUCACCAACAAGCUUUCGGCGUCCACGAUGGUCAAGACACCAUGCGACUUCCGCAGACGGAGGCUAUGCGUCGGAUGGCUCCUGAGAGGGGAGUGGGGAUAGGCCCAGAUACAUUGGCUGGUUUCCCAGAGCUUAGUGGCGGCCCCGCGAGUUUCAAUCCAGGGAUGUUUGAGCUUAGUGGAAGUACUCCCGGUGCUGCCUCGUCUGCCGCAAAGGGUAGCCGAUUUGCCAAGUUUUUUGACCAGAAGAACAGAGAGGCACAGGCUCAUGCGCAAGCACAGGCUAUGCGCAAGGCUUCUGGUGGAAACGGUUUCAUAUCAACAUCUCCACUUCCAGGUCAAGGACGGGACGCGAUGAACGGAAUGACCAACAGUACCGGUGAAAAUCGAACCAUGGAGGACAUAUUCGCCAUGCUUCAGAGCUCAUCUCAGUUGUUAAAUGUGUUCACUCAGAAUCAUCGUGCCUCGCCGCAGCUGCAACAGUCGGGCCGUGUAUCGGCUGCUGGCGCGCCUCAUGGACAAGCUCCAAUCGACCUACAGGUUCUUCAGCAGCAUCAUUUGCAGCAGCUCCACCAGCAACAGCUCAUGCAGCAGAGUCGGCUCGACUCUCUUUACGACAGCCGUAUGGACGAUCGAAGCUUCGUGCCAGACGGUAUGGUCCCGGGCCUUCGGCCCGCACCGCGCCCUCGCAGCAGGGAGCCUGUAGGCUUGCACGUCAGCGACCAUCUUGAUGAGCCAUUGCAGGUAAACCCGCGGCUUGCUCAACAGCAACGAGCUCUGGAACAGCUGUAUAAUGGACCGACACCCUCUGCUUACGGCCAACAAGCUAACAUUGGCCGAAAUCUGGGCGGUAUCCAGCAGAACCAGUUCCGAGGUGGGCCUGGCAUGCUACCCGUGCAGAACCUUCCUCAAGCCCCCUCGCACCGUCUCCCUCCGGGUCUCGCCAAUCUCGGCGGCCGUCCACCACACGAUGCCUCCCAGUUCCUCAACAACCAGCUCAACAACCUUCCGCCUCAUGGUAGUAUCCACACGCAGCAGCAGCAGUCGCUGAACAACUUCGGCGGUGCGGGAUUCAAUGGGCCUAUACAGCGUAGCCCUAUCAGUGCACCACACCACAACAGCCCAGUAGCCUUGAACCAGCUCGGUGGUAUGGGUCCCGGCAAUGGUAUCGACCUGCGUAUCCACAACCAGGCGCAGCUGCUGGGCCUCGGUAACACUGGAGGCAUGGGUGGUGGUCCUCGCAGCGCUGGGGUCGGGUUCAAUGGCCAACACUCAUCCGUGGCGCAGCUGCAAGCGCAGCAGCUUGCUCUGCGUCAGCAACAGCAACAGCAACAGCAGCAACAACUCCAGCAGCUCGGCAUGCCUCCGGCACACCUGCUUCCUCCUCACAUUCAGCAGCAACAUCAGCAGAACAUGCAUGCCAACUCGCAAGGUGCACAAGACUUAAUGGCGCUCUUGAUGGGCGGGCAGCGCGAGUGA